AACUUAACUUAUCAUCAUAUUUAAGGUUCUAGAAACUUAAAGACAUUUUUAAUAUGUCGUUCUUGGUAAAACAGUGUGUUCGAAGGGUUUUAGCUCCAGCAGUGGCAAUAUCGAAAAAAUCAUGUUUUUCCACAACACCUGCUGUCUUUGUUCCAAGAGUACAGAAGCCUGCACCUGACUUUGCUGCUACAGCAGUAGUCAAUGGGGAAUUCAAUCAGUUGAAACUCGCUGAUUUUAAUGGAAAAUAUGUUGUUCUGGUCUUUUAUCCAUUGGACUUCACAUUCGUAUGCCCAACUGAACUAAUCGCAUACAGUGACAGGUCGAAAGAUUUUGCCAGUAUUGAUUGUCAAGUAAUUGGUGUCUCUACGGACUCGGAAUUCAGUCAUCUUGCUUGGAUUAAUACACCAAGAAAGGAUGGUGGCUUAGGAAAACUAGACAUACCCUUAUUAGCAGAUUACCAAAAGAAAAUUUCACAAGAUUACGACGUACUAUUGGAAACUGGAUUCGCCUUACGUGGACUAUUCAUAAUUGACAGAAAUGGAAUACUCAGACAUAUGUCGGUGAAUGAUUUGCCCGUCGGCCGUUCAGUAGAAGAAACUCUUAGAUUGGUUAAAGCUUUCCAAUUUGCUGACAAACACGGAGAAGUGUGCCCAGCCAACUGGAAUCCUGACACGAAUGCUGACACAAUCAAACCUAACCCCAAGGGCAGUAAGGAAUACUUCCAAAAAGCCAACUAAAUAAAAAAAAUGGUAGAGACCAGAAAUAAGUGAAACUUAUAUUCUCUUAAGACUAAAUGUAUGUAACAUGGAAAUUGUAGUCACAAAGAAAACAAUAUUAUUAUUAAUAUAUAUUAGUAUAGAUAAACCAAUUUGAAAGCUUUCAAAACUAUUACCACGAUGGCACAGAUAGCUGACAUCAAAUAGUUAUUUUAAAAAAAUUCCAUUUGUUUUAAUAACUAUUGUCAUUAUGAAUUAUACUUGAAUUGUAAAGAAGCAUUUUAUUAUUAAAAAAAAAAAAAGCAAUUAUUCAGCGUUUGCUGAAAAUUAUAAUAAAAUAUGUAUUCAAAUCU